UGAGCUGCUGCUCCGCCGUGAGAAAAAUGUUAGGAGCUGUUCGGGACUGCAGUCGUGGCCGCUGAGCCCAUUUCGGGGACAAAAGAACAGAAUAAAUUCGCCAAGUGGGACACCUGUUAAUGCUUAAAAAGGCUGCAGAGCCAUGGUCUGAAUCGCUACGAUCAGUCUUUUCCUCAUGAAAGCAAACUCACAUGGCACGUUGACCCUCACACAUGCUGCAAACACAUACUAACAAGCCAUGUCUCUGACCGAAUCCAGUGCUAACGUGAGUGACUGGCUGAGCACGCUACGUUUGGAGCAAUAUGGUGAGGCAUUCCAGGAGGCCGGACUGACAACUUUACAAGACUGCCAGAACCUCACGCCAAAUCAACUGGACCGGAUGGGCAUCAACCUGCCAGGUCACCAGAAACGAAUCCUGGCAAACAUUAACAAAAUGACUGCUAGUUAUGAUGCAUACUCUAAUGUUAUAAAGCCAGAGGGGUCUGAGCAGACCGGUCAUCCUGAAGUUAAAAGGAAAGAGAAGCCUGUGCCUGUUCCCAUGCAAAGAAAAGUAGAAGAAGGGAAAAUGGAUGGCGAGAUAAUAAGACCUACACCCAGGGAGCGAGACAAACCAGUCCCCAAGGAGAGACAUUUGUCUAAUAUACAAGACAACAGUAAUAGAGAAGGAGAAACGAAGCCUGUUCCUCUGCAAAGACACUCUGCUCCUGUAGGAGGAAAGGAGGAAGAGAGGAGUGGAACACCGGAUGAAAAAAGGGCUAAGCCUGUACCCAAGGAGAGGACAAAGUUUCGUUCUAAUUCUUCAGUGAACUGUCAGCCUACACCCAUUGUGUCUCCACUGCCUGAUACAUCUUUACCACCUGUUCCCCCACGCAGCACACCUAACUGCCCCCCACAGCCCUUCAUCUCAUCCCUGAGUUCCUCAUCUCCUGCUCAACACUCUAUCUCUUUGAGUUUGGACAGGAUUGUUGUGGUACCUCCAGAAGUAAAGUGCAAAUCUUCAUCCCUGAUAUCUACCCCCACCAGCACCCUUGUUUCCACAGAAGCACCCGUCCAAACUCCCAGCAUUCAGUCGACCAUACCUAGGCCUAAUUCAUUACCCAUACAGCCGUCUACCCCAUCUUUCGGUGGGGAUGAAGCCAGGAAAUCUUCUCCCAUCUCCUCAGCCUCCGCUCCCAGUGAGGACAAAAAUGUUCCACCUCUUCCUCCAAAAGCAGGCUCUAAAGGCCCACCACCAAUCCCACAGCGGGUUCCUCUGCAGUCUCCCAAAACUCACAGCCCACCUCUGACCAAGAAAGGAACUGAGGAGCUGAUUCAGACCGACCCCACUCCGCAGGUUCCACUACGCAACAGGACACCACAAGCACAGGAAAUCAGCAAACCGUCCGACCAGACUGAACUACAGCCUGCUCUGCCUGCAAGGAAGAUCUCCAAACCUCCUCUCUUGGUUCCAGUCAAUGAUAGUUCUAAUGACUACGUGGAUACAGACCUGCUUACCUCCAGUGUUCAGCAAAGGAAGGUGGCAGACAGGGACAUGUCCCUACAAGUGCCCAUUCACCAACAGAAGCGGGUCUGUUCUUUGUAUAGCGAUGACGAGCUGUUAGAUGAAGAUGACCCAGAUUCUCCUCCUUGGCAGACUGAACGCAUCGUCAACCUGCCUGGCAGCUUUUGCCUGCCUAACUCCGGCAGACUGUCCACACCUAUUAAGGAAGACAGUUCCCAACUUUCUUCUGUCAUCAAGAUGGGCUGGCUGGACAAGAAUCCACCACAGGGGGCUCUUUAUUACCAGAGACGAUGGGUGAAGUUAGAAUUUGACUACCUAAGAUACUUUGACAAUGAAAAGGAGGUGUAUUCCAAGGGGUUUAUCUCAACAGCCUUUAUCACUAAUGUGUCUAGCGUGGGGGAGUUGAAGUUUGAGGUUGCCACAAACAAUCGGACAUUUAUCUUCAGAGCUGAAAAUGAAGAUGAAAGGAAUGAAUGGGUGACUGAACUGAGGAACUGCACCGGGGGGCCCAAGCGCCCCAUAACUUUGAUCGCAGGCUCACCUUUGACCCCAGAUUAUUAUGGCUAUUUGGAGCUCAGAGGGCUACGAUCCAAACUUUUUACUGUUGUUGCUUCAGAUAAAGUCCUUCUCUAUAAGAGCGCGGAUGAUUAUCGCAUCGGAGUGGGAAUCACAUUUAUUGACAUGAACGUUGGAAAUGUGAAAGACUCAGAUCGUCGUAGUUUUGAUCUCACCACACCUUACCGCAUAUUCAGUUUUAUAGCCGAGUCAGAGCAGUCGAGGGAGCAGUGGGUGCAGGCCAUGAGGAACGCCAUAGGAGAAGCGCUGUCCAACAGUGAGGUGGUUGAGCAGAUCUGGAAGGAGCCUACCAACAGCUUCUGCGCCGACUGCGGCGCUCCACAGCCAGAUUGGGCGGCCAUCAACCUUUGUGUGGUGAUCUGCAAGCAAUGUGCAGGAGAACACAGAGGACUCGGUCCGAGUAUCUCCAAAGUACGAAGUCUGAAGAUGGAUAAGAAAAUCUGGACAGAGGAGCUUAUCCAGGUUUUCCUAAAACUCGGGAACGAACGGGUGAACAGUUUCUGGGCCGCUAACGUCCCGCCAAGUGAAGCCCUAUCGCCCUCUAGCUGCAGUGAAGACAGACGCCGCUUCAUCUCUAACAAAUAUCGCCAGGGCAAAUACAGAAAGUACCAUGCGCUGUAUGGGAACCAGAGAGAGCUCAACAAUGCCCUCUGCAUAAAUGUGCAGUGCAGUGAUUUACUGGAGACGCUGAGCCUGAUUUUCUGCGGUGCAGAUGUGAAUUGUUCAACCGGUAUGGCAAAUUGUCCGUCCCCUGAGUCCCUAGCCAGUUCACAUUCCCAACCUCUGCAGGCCGAGUUAAUCAAACACAACCUCAACACAGAGCUGCCCCAGUUACAGGUGGAGGCUGAUAUGGAUCUGAAACAUUACCCACCGCCUCCUUGCGUGUCUUACGAGGGCUACUUGUUCAAAACUGCAUCCAUGGGGCGGGCUGUGGCGGAGCGCAAAGUGAAAGAGGAGUUCAGUCGUCGUUGGUGCAUGCUAAAUGAUGGCAUCUUCAGCUACUAUGAACACGACAAGAGCACCAAUCCUAACGGGACACUUAAAGCAUCGGAAAUUGUUUGUUUGGCUGUCGAUUCGCCUGAGAAACACGGGUAUGACUUUACCUUUGAAGUCUACUCAGAAUCUGAGCGUAUUUAUCUGUUUGGCACUGAUGAACCAGACAGCCACAAGGAGUGGGUCAAGUGUAUUGCCAAGACUUUUAUCCCAGCCACAGCAGAGCCUUUGCUGAGGCUGAGUUUUGAGCGGAUCGGACGGCUGAAGUGUAAAGAUGGCUUGAACUUACAGAAAUCCAAGGUCGGCUGGUUCGCUCUGACUGGCUCUACUCUUCAUGUUUACCUGGAGAACAGCAAGGGAGAGGAGAUCCACCUGCGUAAACUCAAUGAACUUUCAAUUCAACAAGACAAUGAAGUGUUGGUUCUUGUGGAGAAAGGCAGAACUCUCUAUAUCGAGGGAGAAAGGAAGUUGGACUUUGCCGGCUGGUGUGGGGCUAUCCAAGCAGCGGCAGGGAGCGGAGGAGACACACUGAGUCAGCAGCAGCUCACAGACACAGAUAUACCUGUCAUUGUACUCAGCUGCAUCGACUACAUCACGCAGUGCGGUAUGACAUCGGAGGGAAUUUAUCGGAAAAGCGGCGUGAACUCCCGUGUGGCGGCCUUGUGCGACAGAUUCCGCCGAGAUGCUCGUAGCCUUCGAUUGAAGGAGGGAGAGCAUCAAGUGGAUGACGUCUCCAACACUCUCAAGCGCUUCUUCAGGGAGUUAGAGGAGGGGCUGUUUACGUCAGAGUAUGCCUACAGCUGGCUCACCAUCACUGCCUUACAGGAUGAAAAUAUCAAAAUCUCAGAAUACAAGGCCCUAUUGGACAGACUGCCUCGCGUCAACAAGGCUACACUACAAGCCCUCAUCAACCACCUCUACUGCGUGCAGCGUUUCUCUGACCUAAAUCAGAUGAACCUCCACAACCUGGCCAUAGUGUUCGGUCCCACUCUGUUCCAAACCGAUGGGAAGGACUACACCGCCGGUCGAGCCGUAGAGGACCUCAUAGAGCACUACACAGUCAUAUUUGAGGUGGAUGAGCAGCAGCUGAAGAGGCAACUGGAGGAGAUCAAAGCCAUCAUCAGAAUGAGAGACAACCUCAACACCAAGUUUCCUUCACGUCCGAGAUUCGAAGGUGACGGCCACUUCAUCUGUACUGUAUAUCUGGAAGAGCGGAAGGACACAGCAGAACAGCAUGUCAAGAUUCCUGGUUCAAUGACUGCAGCAGAGCUGGCGUACGAGGUUUUGGACAGGCGCAACAUUCCAGUCAAAGAUAAGGAUUACUGGAGCUGUUGGGAGGUCUGCGAGGAAAUCGAACGUCCACUGCAUUAUCAGGAGCGAGUCUUGCCCAUUCUUCACUCUGCUGGCAAUGAGUCCCAUCUUCUCAUCAAGAAACAGCCUGCUAUGGACGCCAUGAUCACCUACCUUGCCACUAAAGUCGACAUAUCCAAGCACGGGAUGAUGAAAUUCAGAGAAGAGCGAAGCAUCCUGGGUUUGGGGCUAUCCUCUGGAAAUUUCCACGAUCGAUUUUUCAUUCUCAAUGUCACCUCUCUCAGAAUGUACAAGGAUGUUAGAAGUAACCGUUCAGAACGGGAAUGGAUCAUAAAAAACUUGAAGAUUUACUUGGGAAUCAAGAAGAAGCUCCGUCCUCCUACAUGUUGGGGUUUGACUGUUGUGUAUGAGAGCAAGAAACAAGAAAAACCAGAGAGGCAACAGUGGUAUCUCUGCUGCGAAACCCAGUCGGAGAUGAGGGAGUGGUACGCUACAUUUCUUAGUAUUCAGAAUGAUGGCAACCUGUGGCCCCAGGACGGAGUCCAGCAGAACCCGGUGAGCCGUGUGCUGCCGGACACUCGUCACGGUAACGUGUCACUGAUCCCAUUGCGUGGCAGUGAGAAUGAGAUGCGGAACAGCGUAGCAGCUUUCAGCCAAGACGCGCUUGCUCUCCUUAGAGAUGUGCGGUAACGCUCAAAGCAAUGGCAGCAGCAAGGUAGGAAGGAGAAGCUCAUCGGAUGAUUCUGAAUAAUCCGGGAACUUCCUCAUUCGGUGAUUGUACGGAGCAGAGUGGGACACUCUGAGAGCAUGGACUCAUCAUUAGAAAUGUGAACUUGCAGCUCCACCCAACAACAGAAAAAAAAAAGGAAAGAGAAAAUCAACGGCAGGACCCUGUGAGAAGCCCAUCCUGCACCCCUUUCCGUUCACACCUGGAUGAAUGGAGUGUUGGCAUUAAAAGAAAAAGGAAUAAACCACAAAGAUUUCUCCAGCUUUUUCCAGCUUGUCAUGCACCAGGUUCCACUGUUCUCAUUGUUUACUGGAGUCAAAAAAAGACACACACUUUAUUCCCCUAGUGUAUUUGUUGUAUAGAGUUAGUUUGGCACAAAAACUGAGUGCUUGUAUGUUUUUUUAUUUUUUUAAUACAAGUUUGAAAGUCUUUUGUAGCUAAUUGGUUUUUUUUAUUCACUUUAAAUACGAUUGCUUUGGAAAUGAGUUAUUUAAUUAUGCAGCAGAGAGCUGAGUGGUUGUUGUAAAGGAAAUCUGAGAUCAGAGGAGGUUGUGAUCUAAUUUCUUCUGGACUGGGACUCAAACGUGUCCGCUGAUCGACCAACAUCUGCUUCUCUGCUGGAAAUCUGUGCAGCAGCUUAGGCAAAGUUGUCACUUCUGCUCAAGAGGACAGUCUGAUCAUAUGGAAACCAGCAGCUUCAGGGCUUCAAAAGUAAGUCGAUCCUUAACCAGCAGAUCUCCAUCAUAGUAAAGUCAGAGUUUUUAGCUACAAAUUUGGUGAACUAUGAGAAAAACUGAAGUACCUGAUUUGUUGUUAAAUAACUUUAGAGCACCUUAAAAAGGUUCUUUUUCUUCUAAGCAUCUGUACUUAUUUAAACAUGAAGUUGUUUUGUUUUUAUUUCUCAGCUGUCUUGUUUCUCCCUGUUGGUUCUUUGUUUUGCUUGAGUUGCAUUGUUGCGGCAUUUAUCAAUAACCAGCAGUAUUUCUGAAGGUGUAGAUCACAAAUUUAUUACACUUAAUUUAACAUAAUGUCUCUUUGUCUAUCUGCAAUGUGGGGUGUUGUCAGUAAAGUGUUUUAAUUGUUUGAAGCAAACAUUUAAACUUUGUCAAUGAAAAACUAAUUAAAAUGCAUUGCAAUGUCUUAUUUAAUA